AUACAAGCGAAUUAUUUUCUAAUUGACUUACAAUCCACCGAAAUUAAUAUCCAAAACCUAUUUGGAAUAUACGAUAUGCAUAUUUUUGGGUUGCUUGUCAUACAAGGUGUGUUCAAAAAAUUCAAUGAGAUCUCAAGUAGAUAGAAUGUUUGCCUUAUUAGCCCUCGUCGAAAAUGGCAGAGUAGAAAAACGCAGCUUCCGUUAUGCGAAAUUUAACAAAACCGUAACUCAGGCUUUUAGUAUGUGUAUGAUUCAAAAAUAUGUUAUCUAUGCCGCCUUCUAGCACAACUUUUUGUAAAACUUCUUAGAAAAUAUCUGGAGCAUUAGUUAAUCCGAAGGGUAAACGGCAACAACGGAAAAGUGUUUAACCCGUGAAAAAAAUGAGUAAUGCCUACAAGAUUCGUCCAGAACAGUCUGGAAGAAAGCGUUUUGCAAAUCAGUUGUAGAAAAAUGCUGUGCUUCGUUCAGUUCCAUAGGAAUUGAUUCAAAAGUUGGCAUUUGUAGCAUUUUUUUUACUCAGUUUGAGAACCACUUUCUGAAGUAGCAUUCAGAUGAUCAACACCCUUGAUAGAUUGGCAAAAUUAGAACGAUAGGCUAGAAUUUUACACGAUCUCUCAUUUUCCCUAUCCGUCACCACUGGAUCGCACGAGUUGUGAAGUGAUAAAAGGGCCGCCAGUUGCUGCUGUUGGACCAUUUUGUUUUUGGACGUUAUCCCACACGAUCCUGUUGACUAGUGCUGUGCUGCGAGAACCAAGUGACUCGAUCUGGUUUCGAUAUUGUGACUGUGUUUUCGGCAAGGAUGUUCUUUGAAGCUGAUCGAUCAUCGAGGCACUGCAAAAUCUGGAUCGUGGGAGCGAUCGGAAUGCCAAAUCCACUGGCAAGCGACCGCGUAAUGCGGAAUCGGCAGUUUUCACUGCCAAUACAAUUUUACGAAAGAGAUCAGAAAGAAGAUCGCUCUCACGCACCCACGUAUGCGGAAGCAGAAAGGCCGAGUAAGUUGUCAAAUUGUGAAAUUCUUUAAUGAUGAUCGCUUAGAAAGAACCGUGGUUUCUCCAGAACACCAUCGGCCUUUUCCUAUUUGCUGAUUUUUGCUUGAAGGAAUUUGGAUUCAGCUGAAGGAUGCCGCUCAUGUGGAACCAGAAGCUGAUCCGUGAGAGCUCUCACUCAGUUCGUUUUUUUAUGUAAAUUUGGCCAAUUAGUUUAGUUUUUGGAUAAAUUGUAAUACAGUAUGUAAAUACACUUGAAAGAGGGUUUUGAAUUAUCCAGAACAGUUUCUAAAAACUAGCUGCGGAUCCACGACUUGCCGCUAGCCGCCGGGCAAACUGGAAAGCGUGUACUGGCAAAUUCUUCAAAGAAUUUGGCGCGUAAGUCAGUAUUUUGUUUACUGAUCUUGUUCUUUUAAAUUAUGUACUCCUUUCCGUAACAUAAAACGUUACACAUUUUGAAAGCUUUUUGUCCUCUAAAUUGAUGUACGCAGAUGACCUUAAGAUUUACCGGAUCAUCGAAUCACCAGUAGACUGUGCAGCACUUCAAUCCGACAUCUCGACUCUUUUGGACUGGUGCAAGUCUCAUGAGAUGGAAGCUAAUGCCAGUAAAUGCUAAUGUAUAACUUUCUGCAGAGCUAGAACUCCACUCCGUUUUGCCUACAAAAUGGACACAGCAGAAAUGAACCGAGUAGUUUCGAUUAAAGAUCUCGGAGUUACUUUUGAUCAGAAACUAAGUUUUUCAGAACACAUAGCCUUUGCUAUUUUUAGCUUCAUUCAUAGAAACACUGUUGAGUUUGAGGAUGUAUAUUGUCUUGAAGCGGUUUAUUGCGCCUUGGUGCGCAGCGUUCUGGAAUACGCCAUGGUAGUUUGGGCGUCCCAUCAAACAGCACACACUGAAAGCCUAGAAAGGGUACAAAAGAAGUUCCUACAAUUUGCACCUUAGAGUUAUGUUCUAAUACUACUAAUAUUAUUUCUGAAUUUGAAUAGAAUUUGAAUUUGGAUAAAAACACGACAACAAUUAUGCAUAGGGUGAUUUUGGGCUGCGACAAAAUGGAAUCCACCAAAUGUUCUAUUGCCGAAGACGUCUCGCUAGAGCAUGAAUGUGGAUGCUUUGUAGCAGUAGAGGACAGUCAAUGUUGUUUAUCAACAAAUCAAAAACAAACAUUCUUUGGAUGUAUAUUCGUCUGCGUCGUACGAUCUCAAGACUUAUUAGAUUGCAUUUUUCGGCAUACGGUGGCAGUCGAACGGCAUUAUUCCACGGCAGUCGACGGAGUGCAAAUUGUAGGAACUUCUUUUGUACUCUUUCUAGUCUUUCAGUGUGUACUGUUUGAUGAGGCGCCCAAACUACCACGGCGUAUUCCAGAACGCUGCGCACCAAGGCACAGCAAACCGCUUCAAGACAAUAUGUGCAUCCUCAAGCUCAACAGUGUUUCUAUGAAUCAAGCUAAAAAUGGCAAAGGUUUUUGCUGUUGUGGCGGCUAUGUGUUUUGAAAAACUUAUAUUCUGAUCAAAAAUAACUCCGAGAUCUUUAAUCGAAACUACUCGUUCCAUUUCUGCUGUGCCCAUUCUGUAGGCAAAACGGAGUGGAGUUCUAGCUCUGCAUAAAGUUAAACAUUGGCAUUUACUGGCAUUAGCUUCCAUCCCAUGAGACUUACGUCAGUCCAAAAGUGUCGAGAUGUCGGCUUGAAGUGCUGUACAGUCCACUGGUGCUUCGAUGAUCCGGUAAAUCUUGAGGUCACCCGCGUACAUCAGUUUAGAGGAUUGCAGUAAACAAGCAAGAUCGUUAACAAAAAGGAUAAAAAUUAGUGGUCCUAUGUGGCUGCCCUGGGGAACACCGGAAGGGACGUCAAAUGGCUGAGAUCUGAUUCCUUGUAGAUUCACAAAUGCUCGUCGGUUUGUCAAGUAGGAGAAGACCAUGAUGGAAAGCCAUAGCGUUCUAUUUUCCUGAUUACGAUUUCAUGUGGAACUUUAUCAAAGACUUUUGAAAAAUCUAGGUAAAUGGCAUCUACUUGUUGCUUUUUGCUGAUAGCAGUAUGGUGUGUGUCAGAGUAGCUCAUCAGAUUCGAAAUCGUUGAUCUUUUUUUUCAUGAACCCAUGUUGGUGUUCGGUUAUUAUUGGUUUAGCAGCGUUGUAAAGUCUCGGAAGUUCAGAUCCUGUCUAGGCCACUAUCUGAUGAUGGUAAAGAUGCGCCCAAAACUCUCCGUAGUGAACAACAUACGAAACCGACGCCCGCCUCGUAUAAAUAUCGCACGACUGAAGCAACCUGAGGUCGCGGCAGACUACGCUCUUCAGAGUUUACUAAGGCAGAAUCGCUUGAAGCAGCGCUGCCGGCAGAAGCUUGACGAAGCCUCUCUUGAGGACUAUUGGGAUACCAUCAAGACAGCCAACAACAGCGUUGCGAAGAACGUCAUCGAGCAUGUGAAACGAAAUCGACGGAACGACUCGUUCGACUAGGAGAGUAGGUGGGUGAUGUACAAAAAGAAGGCAGCGUGGGUGGCAGAAGUGCAAAAAGGCACCCGUAGGAACGUGGGAAAUCACCGACAGCGGAAGAGGCAGGGACUUCGAAUUUUACAAGAGAAAAAGCGCCGAUUGGAGGAGGAGGAGGAGCUCGAGGAGUUGGAGCGGCUGCUUCGUUCCCAAGAAACACGAAAGUUAUAUCAGAUAUUCAACUCAUCCCGCAAAGACUUCGUGCCGCAAGCCGAAAAGUGCCGGGAUAAGGACGGGGGCAUUCUGACGGACAAUCGUGAGGUGAUCAAAAGGUGGAAGCAGUACUUCAAUGAACACCUGAACGGUGCAAAUGCCAAAGAUCAAGACGGUGGGGGAAGCUACAUCGCCGGCGUAGCCAAUGACGCGCUGGAACCACUCCCAACGAUGAGUGAAGUUAAGGAAGCCAUUCACCAGUUGAAUAGCAACAAGUCGACUGGAACGGAUGGCAUCGCAGCUGAGCUUAUCAAAAUGGGCCCGGUCAAGUUGGCCGAUUGCCUACACCGGUUGAUGGUCCGGAUUUGGGACACAGAGCAGCUACCGGAGAAGUUGAAGCAGUGGCUCCAGACCGACGACCUCUACUUGGCGUUCCGGUCCGACGACUUUCCAUGGCACCGGCCUGACGACCUUCCGUGUUUCCCGGCUCGUAAGUCCUCCAGAGGCGCUUGGUCCGACGACCACCACCUGGCUUCCAACUUCACGACCUUCCACGGUUCCGACCCACCAGCUUCCAUGGCUUCCGGCACGACGUACUACCAGUGAUUCCGGUCCGUUCAAUGGCUCCGGACCAACGACCUCCCAAAGCACCUGUCCGUCGACAAGCCAGGAAACACGGGAGGUCGUCGGACAGGUGCCAUGGAAGGUUGGUGGGCCGGUAUCAUGAAACGUCGUUAAGUCAGGAACAAGGUGGCGGUCGUCGAACCAGGAGUCACUGGUGGAUUUGCGAGCGAUGUACCAUGGAAGCUCGCCACGCCAUGGCAAGUCACCGGGCUGGAACCACUGGGAGGCGCAGUCCUCCGGAAAAGCGUCGAGGCGAAGGAAAAAGCUUCGAGCCGCAGCAAGGGAGUCGAGACCAGAAGUCAGAUGGAAGGUCGUUGGAUAAGGGAUCAUGAAAGGUCCUCGGACUAGGACCCAAUUGGAAGGUCGUCGAGCCAGGAAUCAUGGAAUAUCGACGAGUUGGAGCCGCUGGUAGAUCGUCGAGUCGGAAGCCAGAAGUAAGGUCGUCGAGCUGCACAGGAGCGAGAGCGUCGUGUAAUGAAUACGACGAAAGAGGUCCGGUGCGUGCGCUGAAGAGGAGCAGCCACAUCUUCAGGAAGAGCCACCGAAGUCAGGAGACUGCGAAUGUGAAUGUUGAAAAGGAGUGUUGAGAUUUGUCUCAUCGUAGCAAUCGAUGGGACAAAUAACAAAAUUAGAUGUGUAACCAUAGGGAUGGUUUUACUAUAAAUGGAAUUUUAGGAUAGAAAAUAAAGUAUUCCAAGUUCUACCAUCAAGUAGUACAGAUCUCUCCUUUCCACUGCCCAAAAUGCUUCCUACAACAAUGUCAACUCUUACAUGGAAUUUCGUUAAUUCCGGAUCUUUGUUCUUCUUCCGGUUCUUUGAGGGAAACAAGCCGAUCCUUCAAGGUUUUUAUCCUUCGGCCAGCCUUCCUAACGUUAUUGUUUUGUUUCCCUGUUGUUGUGUCCAAAAGGUCAAAUCGUAACCGGAACCAUUGCCAAGUUCUCACUAGGCGAGGAUGGCUAGAUUCAAUCACUUCUUAUUACAUAGUUCAGCCCUGGACUGUUGAAGAAUUUACAUCUUCAGUGUGCGACAUAUAGGUUUGAGGAAUCGUAAACUUCACAUCUUUACACAUCUUUGGCUGCCCAAUUACGGGCCUUCCGAGCUCUUCUUUGACUUCGACGUUUUGAUGCUGCUUUUCGAAGAAGAAGCGUUUCCUAAAUGCUGUUUACAUCUUGUAUUCUUAGAUUGCAAAUAGUUUCAAUGUUUUUUCUUCUUUCUUACAUCGUCAGGACGGCCACUGACGAUGAGAUGGAAAAGUAUGACACCUGUCUCGGCAGCUUCGUUGUGUUCACCUCGAUGUAAGUCACGUGGUCCAUCAUGACGCACUGCAGUGUUCUUAGCCUAUGUUGGCACAGCUUCCUGAUGCGAGUUUUGGACACCCUUUUUUUGUAUAGAAACUUUCGACGUCUAAACAUCCAUCGGGAUUCGAAAGUUAUCCGUGUUAAGAAUUUGUCUGCUGACCAGUCUGCUUGUUUUGCAUAGCUUGUUCGCACCCCGUGGCAACGUAUUUCAAACACAAUUUCACUCUUCGGUUCCACAUUUCAUAGCCUCGAUAACCAUAAAUUUAGCGUAGUCUUGUUUUAAGUUGUAGGGUUCUCUUAUACAAUACCCGGUUAACAAUGCGUCUUUUUUCUUC